AUAGAAUAUUGCUACAAGCGAGGACGUGCUUUACUAGAUCGAGCUCGUGUAGUCUAAAGAUGUUUUCUAAUAAGCUUUUACGUAACUUCCAAUUGUUUAACCGGUCAUUUAUACAUUGCAAAUCUACUAUUGACACAUCCAAAGUUCCGGUUUUGAUUGAGAACGAUCUUGAAGAAGUGUUCGUUCGUGGUAGUGGACCAGGAGGGCAAUCUGUUGCCAAAACUAGCAACAAAGUAGUUAUUACGCAUAAACCAACCGGAAUUGUAGUACAAUGUCACGCAUCUCGAUCGUUGCACAAAAAUCGGGAAGAAGCUCGUCGAUUACUGAUUGAUAAAUUAGACAAUCUUCAAAAUGGAUACAACUCUGUAGAAGCACAGAGGCGGAAAAUUGAACAGAAAAAACAUUUGGAGACUAACCGGCGUAAAAUUCGGUUACAGGAAAUGAAAAAAGCUUGGAAAAAACGCGAGUUCGGGGAUGAUUAGAACACUGUAGCAAUCCAGUUUGUAAUUGAAAUAUAUAUAAUAUUUACCACGAACUAAAA